CCUUCCCGCCGCGCAGGAGCCGCCGCCGCCGCCGCCGCCGCCAUGGGCAAGGGCGACCCCAACAAGCCGCGCGGCAAGAUGUCCUCGUACGCGUACUUCGUGCAGACGUGCCGCGAGGAGCACAAGAAGAAGCACCCGGACUCGUCCGUCAACUUCGCCGAGUUCUCGCGCAAGUGCUCGGAGCGGUGGAAGACAAUGUCGAGCAAGGAAAAAGGGAAGUUCGAGGAAAUGGCCAAAGGGGACAAGGCUCGUUACGACAGGGAAAUGAAGAACUACGUCCCCCCCAAAGGCGAGAAGAAGGGAAAGAAGAAGGACCCCAACGCUCCCAAGCGGCCGCCGUCUGCCUUCUUCCUCUUCUGCUCCGAGCACCGCCCCAAGAUCAAGAGCGAACAUCCCGGCUUGUCCAUCGGCGACACGGCCAAGAAACUGGGUGAAAUGUGGUCCGAGCAGUCGGCCAAAGACAAACAGCCCUACGAACAGAAGGCCGCGAAGCUAAAGGAGAAAUACGAGAAGGAUAUUGCAGCGUAUCGUGCCAAGAGCAAGAGUGACACAGGAAAAAAGGGCCCGGGGAGGCCUGCAGGAUCCAAGAAGAAAGCAGAACCAGAAGAGGAUGAGGAAGAGGAAGAAGACGAUGAAGAGGAGGAGGAAGAUGAGGAUGAGGAGUAGAUGCAAGUCCUGCUGUAAAGAUUUAUGCUCAGAAUACAAUAUUUUGCUAAGAAUGUGAACUCAAGUGCAGCUCAUUGUUAGCUUCAGUAUAAAAAUCUGUACAGAAUUGUGUAUAGGUGAUGUGGUUCUUUGUAGGGAGACCUAUAUUUUUAAUGUAAGUAGUAGCUGUGGGCUGCUACAGUUCUGUUUUAAAACAAAGAAGAAAAAGUUGUGGAAUGUUUCUGCAUAUUUAAUGGUUUUGUUUGAAACUCAGUGACUGAUAGCCAGGUGUUUCUUUUUAGCAAAGUAAAACAAAGGAGGUAGCUUAAUAGCUGAUCUUAUAUUUUGUAGUAUAUUUGCAUUGUAUUACUUUUUUUAACAAUUUUGUAAUAAAAUGAUGUACAU